GAUUUCCAGUGAGUUAUGUUGACAACGUUCGUGUUGUCGACAAAAAAAACACAGUUUGCAAGCUCUGCUAUGUACGUAUAUCACAUUAUUCCACCGGCAGCACGACUAACAUGGCAGGGCAUCUCCGCAGGCACCACAAAAACAUAGAUUUAUCUGUUAAACCGACAAGUGUAACACAAACUACUCUCCCGUCUUCAUUUGGAAUAAAACUUCCAAGUAACUCAACACGUGCAAAGGCAAUUACAAGCGCGGUAGGAGUAUUUAUAGCCGCGGACAUGCGACCUUAUUCAGUAGUAGAAAACUCCGGUUUUAGGCAUUUAAUUAGCGUGCUAGAACCGCGCUACGAAAUCCCAAGUAGAACGCAUCUCACAGCUACGGUGAUACCCUCCAUGUACAAUAAUGUGAAGGAGAAAGUUAUUGAAGGUCUUAGCAGUGCACAUUUAGUAGCCUUGACUACAGAUUGCUGGACCUCAAGAGCAACACAGAGCUUCAUGACUGUCACAGCGCAUUACAUUAAUGAUGACUGGGAAAUUCAAAAUCCAGUACUUCAAACUCGCCCCAUAUAUGAAGCUCACACAAGUGAACAUUUAGCAGAAGUGCUGAGGGAAGUGGUACUGGAAUGGAAGUUGAACAGACAAAAUGCAACAAUUCCUGUGACAACUGAUAAUGCAAAGAACAUUGUCAAUGCCUCACAUGCAGCUGGAUUGUCUCCACACAUUGGAUGUUUUGCCCACACUGUGAAUCUGGCCUCCCAGAAGGGUUUGGGAGUAAACCAGAUUUCCCGUCUUUUGGGCAGAGUCAGGAGGGUGGUCACUUUUUUCCACAGAAGCACCACUGCAGCAGCCGUCUUAAAGUCAAAACAAGACAUGCUUCAGCUUCCUCCUCACACGCUGGUUCAAGAUGUCAUUACAAGGUGGAACUCCAGCUAUGACAUGAUCACACGCUAUUUAGAGCAACAAGCUGCUAUCUAUUCUGCACUUGCAGAAAAAGACAUAAAAAAAAUGCUAAAGACCUUAUCACCCUCUCUGAUCAAGAUGUGACUGUUCUGGAAGAUGUAUGUCAGGUACUGAAGCCCCUGAAAACAGUUACAACCUUGAUGAGUUCCGAACAGCAGCCUACUGUGUCUAUGGUCAUGCCCCUACAACACACCAUCCUGACAUCUUUGAAACACAGUGACACAGAUUCAACAAUUGUAAAGGAUGUUAAAUCUGCUAUAGAGGCAAAUUUUGAAGAGAGGUAUUCAGACCCAAGACUUCAACAGUUCCUGAAUGAGAGCACUGCCUUGGAUCCUAGGUUUAAAACUUUACCCCACCUGGAUGACAUAUCUCGGAAUGAGAUCUUCAAUUGUCUGGAGGAGAAAAUCUUGCAAGAGCACUCCACACAGUCUCAUGCCUCAGGAGAAGGAUCCAGCCAAAACCCUGCAGAGGAUACAGUCACUGUAGCAACCAGCGGAGGCAGCCCCCCAACAAAGAGAACAGCACUUAGUGAACUGUUUGGUGAUUUUUUCAGCACAGCCUCCACUGCAUCAUCAUCAGAAACCAAACCAUGGCCUGAUGUUGUAAAAGACGAGAUUCAGCUAUACAAAAUGGUUAAAGUAAUUUCUGUGGAUUCAAAUCCACUGAAAUGGUGGAAAGAUAAUGAGAACCAGUACCCAAAUUUGUCCAAGCUUGCCAAACGUUAUCUUGCUGUACAAGCAACAAGUGUGGCAAGUGAAAGAGUGUUCUCAACAGCUGGGGACAUUGUGACAUCUCAAAGAGCAGCCCUCUCCACAGAGAAUGUGGACAUUCUCAUUUUCUUAAAGAAGAACAUGAAACUAUAAAAAAAAAAUCUGCCCAUAUAAAUGUAAAUAGUUAAUAUUUUUGACUGUAUUUUUGCAAUAUUUUUAGCAGUUCUCUUUUCAUAUUCCUCUUUAACAAGAACUUGAAACUG